AUGCUGUCGUUCUUGAUGCUCUUUAUAAGUCCAACACUUAUUGCAGGCAGCCUCAUGUGUUGCUUUUCUGAUGUGAACAAGUCUAAAAAGGGCCCUUGCAACAAAGAUCAGUACGCUCGGCACCGAGAUAUCAUUAAUGGAUGGAUGCAAGGCUGUAUUCGAGAAUCAUGUGGUACUCAGGCAAUUGGUAGUGGCAAUCCAUAUGCUGAGGCCUUUAAUUGUCCGAAACGACCAGUUGAGGGCAGUUUUGGGCGAGUUGUUGGCGAUUGCUAUAUCCAAUGCAUUGGAUACAGUUCUUUUGGGGUCUGCCCAUCGAGCCCUGGCACUUGUGCCGCCUAA